GUUCUACUACUAGAAGGGACGUUAUCUACAGCAUUCAGGUGUACACAUCGACUGCUGGGCGUGAUUCUACAGUGCCGAAGUCUUGCUGUCUUUGAACGCUCCGUCACACCAGGCCUCCGCGUCUGAACCAAAGCCAGCAGAUAUCAUGCAAGCUCCUCCGACUCCACAAGAGCUGGACAAGCUUGUGAGGCCUCUACAACUCAAAGACCUGCGCAUUCUAUGUCGCGCGCGAGGUGAGCGGGAUCCUGGCCUGACGCCGGCAGGCGGCAAGGAGCAGCUUGAGGACCGCCUGAAGCAGCACAUGAUGCAGACCGGCAACUUCAGCACUGUGCUGCCGGCCGAUGGCGACGCGGGCGGCCCCCCGGGCGCGGUGCCCCAGGGCUAUGCCGUGGCGCCCCAGGGCUACCAGCAGUACACCACGGGCGUAAACGACAACAACUACUCGCGCCCCGGCGGUCAGCAGAACGUUGGCAACUUCAUCACCGACCGCCCCUCCAGCCACGUUAUGGCCCCGCCCGGCGGCAAGAGCUCCCUCCAGCUGGGCGGCUACUCCGAGGCUCCGCCGCCGCAGCAGUACCAGCAGCAGGGAGGCUACCCGCAGCAGCAGCAGGGCGGCUACGGCUCGCCCAUGCCCGGCGGCGGCUACGGCGCCACCUCCAACGACGUGCGCUCCGGCUCCCUGGCCAACAACUACUCCCGCCCCAGCGGCCAGCAGAACGUGGGUAACUUCAUCACUGACCGCCCGUCCAGCAAGGUGCUGGCGCCCCCCGGCGGCAACAGCCAGAUCUCCUUCGGCGACUACAACGUCGCGCCCGCGCCGCAGCAGCAGCGCCGCGCCCCUGCGCCCGCGCCCUACGGCACCAGCGCCAACAUGCCGCCGCCGCAGCAGCACCCCUACCAGGCCGCGGGCAGCGCGCCCUACGGCAGCUCGGCCGGGAUGGGCCAAAUCGGAGGCUCCAGGGCCACUGAUACCCAGUCCAACAACUACUCCCGCCCCGGCGGCCAGCAGAACGUGGGCAACUUCAUCACGGACCGCCCCUCCAGCAGGGUGCUGGCGCCCCCCGGCGGCAAGUCCCAAAUCACCUUCGGCUAAGGGGAAACGCAGCUGCAGUGCAGGCCCUGGCCACCACCGCCCGCGUGGACCUGCUGCACGUGCUUCGAAGCAGGCACGGCAUGGCACGGCAUGGUCGGGGGCAGCCCAGCAGAGGGCUUGCCAACAUGGAACGAGGGCCGCGCAUUGACGGGAAUGUAGUCUUGUCCUUCGGACUGUCGAAUGUUCGUUUAAUGCCAUGCAAACCUGUUUAGGCGGCACCAUCGAGUGCUGCCCGACGCUCGGUUUGGUGUCACGUCGUAUUGCUGCUGCGCUGGUGCGGUGAGACUGCUGUGCAUCGGGGUCUGCUGAUUAUGUCGUCUGUUUGUGUUCGGCGCGCCCCUCGGCAGCCAGGAGCCUCGUGAAGGUGUGCGAUGGGACGGUGGCGCACACACUACUGCUUGCUAGGGUUCACGGGGAGGUCGUGGUGAUGCGUACACCGUACGUGUUGUGUCCCAGUCUCUGCAGUCCCUCCACGGGCAUGGUAGUUUAUGUGUUGGUCGGCCGGGGGUUUGGUAACGUCUGGCCACGGACACGGAUGCGACGGGAGCGUCGCGUUCGGUUCGACGCCUGCUGUAAAUAUGAGAAAAG